AUGGCGCGUCUCGGCCGCGUGGGUUUUCUUACCCUCGCGGUGGUAUUCCACCUCAUAUAUGCCUAUUCAAUCUUCGAUAUAUACUUCGUCAGUCCGAUCGUGAGUGGCAUGAGGUCCUAUCGAGUGGAGCGAGAACCCGAUGCCGCAGCUCCAGCUCAACGUCUCUUCCUCUUCGUUGCCGAUGGCUUGCGCGCCGAUAAGGCAUUCCAACCAUUCCCCGAUCCAGAUGCCUCCCCGGAGGCCGAGAGCGACGACCCGAUCUAUCUAGCGCCUUUUAUUCGAUCCCGCGUCCUGUCCCACGGCACCUUUGGCAUUUCGCACACCCGCGUGCCCACCGAAUCGAGACCCGGCCACGUUGCGCUGAUCGCCGGCCUCUACGAGGAUGUGUCUGCCGUGACCACCGGAUGGAAGCUGAACCCGGUCAAUUUCGAUAGCGUCUUCAAUCGCAGUCGGCAUACAUGGAGUUGGGGCAGUCCGGAUAUCCUGGCCAUGUUCCAAGAGGGGGGCGUUCCGGGAAGGAUUGAUGCGGAAAUGUACAGCGAGUCGGUCGAGGACUUUACGUCGGAUGCGACACAACUAGAUAUCUGGGUUUUUGAUAAGGUCAAGGAACUCUUCGAAUCCGCCAAGACCGAUCCCGAAUUGGAUGCGCGGCUUCGCGACGAUAAGCUUGUGUUCUUCCUACAUCUCCUCGGUCUCGAUACCACCGGCCACGGCUUCCGUCCCUACUCGAAGGAAUACCUGCACAAUGUCAAGGUUGUGGACAAGGGGGUACAGGAGAUAACCAAGUUGGUGGAGGAAUUCUACGCGGACGACAAGACGGCGUUUGUCUUCACUGCCGAUCAUGGCAUGAGCGACUGGGGCAGCCACGGGGACGGUCAUCCCGAUAACACGCGAACACCUCUUGUUGCUUGGGGCUCCGGUGUCGCCAGCCCGAGAUACACGCAGGAUGGCUUUCCGUCGGGACACGAGGACGGCGUUUCGUCCGAAUACGGACUCGACGAGAUUCAGCGCCAUGACGUCGCCCAGGCCGAUGUUGCCGCGCUCAUGGCCUACCUGGUCGGACUGGAUUUCCCAACCAACUCCGUCGGUCAGUUGCCGUUGGACUAUCUGGACGCAAGCCCCAAGGAUAAGGCGCUCGCUUCCCUUGCAAACACGCAAGAAGUGUUGGAAAUGUAUCGCGUGAAGGAGGAGCAGAAAAGGGCCUCGGUGUUGCGGUAUGUGCAAUUCGAACCCCUCGCGGAUGACGGCGAAACCUCCGUCGAGGAUUAUCUCGAGCAGAUUAAGGCUCUGAAUGCCAACGGUCUGUACCAGGAGUCUAUUGACUUGUCCGCUUCGCUGUUGGUUACGGCAUUGGAGGGGCUACGCUAUCUACAGACCUAUGACUGGCUUUUCCUGCGAACUAUCAUUUCUUUCGGCUACCUGGGCUGGAUCGCGUAUGCGUUGACAACGGUCAUCGAUCUCCAUGUGUUGCAUGGGACCUCCGAUUCAAACCGGACCCUGGCGAGCACUAUCUUCUUCUCAUCCAUCCUUGUCGCGCUCUACUCAGUGUUCUUGUACCAGGGAUCUUCCUGGCGCUAUUACUUCUACGGACUCUUCCCCGUCUACUUCUGGGAGGAAGUUUUUGCUCGUCGCAAAGCUUUGGUCGCAGGCCGACAGAUUCUCCUGGGGCAUAUCCGUUCUGCCAGCGGUGUCCUUGGAUUUGUUUUGCAGUCGCUUGCGUUUGUGGGUGUAUUGGAGGCUCUGGUAAGUUGCGCUAGAUUUUGCUGA